AUGGCACCAAGAUUUUUGCGCUCGCUCAUCCCCCGUCGAGAGCAGCGUGCCCCUGGCUCUUUACUUGAUGCGUUCAGAAGUCUCACCUUGGUGCAGUGGGCCCAAUUCUGGUCCGGCUGGCUUGCCUGGACAUGCGACGCCAUUGAUUUCUUCGCAGUGUCACUCACCGUAGCGCCCCUAGCGGCACAGUUUGGGAAGUCGAACACUCAGAUCACGUACGCCCUGACGUUGACUCUGUUAUUCCGAUCAGUCGGCGCCAUCGUCUUCGGUAUCUUAUCUGACCGAUUUGGCCGCAAGUGGCCGCUGGUUUUCAAUCUCCUUCUCUGCAGUAUUCUUGAGCUCGGAACUGGCUUUGUCAAUACGUUUCAGCAAUUCCUUGCCCUUCGUGCCCUAUUCGGUGUUGCUAUGGGUGGAAUCUGGGGACUUUCAGCGUCUUCGGCUCUUGAGAACAUGCCCGUUGAACUCCGUGGGAUUGGAAGUGGUGUUUUGCAGGAAGGCUAUGCUGUCGGAUAUCUGAUUGCAGCCGUUAUCAACCUGACCCUGGUAGCCCAGCACGGAUGGCGGGUGCUAUUCUGGACUGGAGCAGGCAUCAGCUUCUUCGCUGCGGUCGUCCGUUCCCUUGUUCCUGAGAGCGCGUUCUUCCUCCGUGCCAAAGAACAGGAGAGGGCGAGAGGGACCAAUACCUCACAGAAAACCAAGAUUUUCAUUAAAGAAACCAAGGAGAUGCUCAAGACUCACUGGCUCCUAUGCAUUUACGCAGUGGUAUUAAUGACAGGAUUCAAUUUUAUGUCUCAUGGUUCACAGGAUCUGUAUCCCACGUACCUCGAGACUACCAAGGGCUUCACUGCUCAUAAUGCCACUAUCGCGACUAUUAUUAGCAACUGUGUGAGGUCAUACAGCGGCGGUGCUAUUGCUGGAUGGGCGAGCCAAUAUAUUGGACGUCGCCUGACAAUCGUAAAACUUAUGUUUUUUUCUGCAGCGUUCAUUCCAUUAUGGGUUCUGCCCUCGUCAUUCUCUGCCCUCUCUGCUGGAGCAUUCUGUAUCCAAGUUGGUGUUCAGGGCGCUUGGGGCGUCAUCCCGAUCCAACUGGCCGAGAUGUCCCCACCAGCGUUUAGAGCAACAUUCCCUGGUGUUGCUUACCAGCUCGGCAACAUGAUAUCGUCAGCAUCAGCAACGAUUGAAUCCACUGGCGGUGACCACUUGAAGACAACGAUCAUGAAGAAUGGAGUUCUCACUGUGGUCCAAGAUUAUGCAACGGUACAAGCCAUAUUUAUUGGUGUCGUUGCUGCAUUCGUGGUCAUUGUCACAAUCAUCGGCCCUGAAAACCACGGUUCACAUUUCGAGGCCCACAAGGCCGCUUUCGAAGAAGGAGGCGGAAGAGAUGAUGCCAUAGCGGAUAACGCCUCACAAACGUCAUUCCGUGAAGUUGACGAGAAGGGCAGCGCCUAAGCUGCAUAGGCGUCUCUGCCUGUGUACGAAAAUGAUUGCAGUAUUUAUAUACAACAACGUAACAACAGUGUCUGUACUUAAUGGUCAUGAACAAGUCUUCGACAGCCAAACCCAAAUCGAUACUCAAGGCCAUUGGCCUGUGGCCAAGGCCACGUGACAUGUGUGAUAACGUAACUGUAACGCCACCUACCACUUCAUUAACCUGCCACCACCACCAAUUGGCAACUUCACUCCUCACUGAGUUUGCUGGGAAAUGGAACUUCUGUCAACUGAUAUAUAUAUUCAAACCAAAUAAUUACAGGCACAGGCCGACGAUCCUGUGCUGAACACCAUCUAUUUCUGAUUUUUCGCCAAAUUAU